AUGCUGUGCCAUCUCGUUGGUAAAUGAGUCGAUAUCAUCGCACGCAAAUCUUCUUGUCACAGAUGGCCCUGGAGGACUCUGCGUAGAUGGCGCGUUAUUCGACACGGCUCGGGUGUCUCCGGUUGCAACAUCAAACCCUGAACUCUUACGAGGCUGGAGGGCUAUCUUCCUGUGCGUCGCAAUAUUCUUUCCGCUGGAUCACUAUCAUCAUCAAUCCGCAUUAGCAUCUGAAAUCCCGCGGUGUUUAUGAGCGAAGUAUUGCGCUUCCUCGAAUGUCUUGCUCGUUCCAAUCUAGGCUUCGUUAUUCGUCAGUAUGCCUGCAACGAAGUCCUAUCCUGCAGUGCCGGCAGUGGGACUGCCAUCUGCUGACCCCGCCUGCACCGAGAGCAACGAGCCAACAGACCCGCGCUCUCUAAGCUUCCAGAGACGAUUGGCAAUCGCUUCUCUCACAUCGAUAUCUACGUUCAUAUUCCCGAUGUCCUCAUCUGUGGUCGUGCCGGCGCUGGACGACAUUGGUCGUGACCUGCACACUACACAGAGCUUCACCAGGCAGCUCGCGCUCUCCAUUUAUGUUUUACUCUGCGGAGUUGUCCCUGUGCUUGUUGGACCGAUCAGUGAGCUGUACGGCCGCACACCGGUCCUGCAAUCUGGGAAUAUGGUCUUCAUCGUUUUCAACACCGCCGGCGGUGUGGCCCAGACGCCUUCGCAGACGCUUGUGUUCCGCGCUCUGAGUGGGCUUGGAGGCGGUGCACUGCUGGCGAUCAAUCCUCCUCGCCUAACAUGGGAUAUUGGAGCCGCUGUGAUUGGUAACUUGUUUGCGGCCGAAGAACGAGGCACUGCUUUUGCGAUCUACAAUCUGGACCCGGUCCUAGGCCCUGCAUUAAAUGCUAUCCUCGGUGUAGCAGUCACGAAGUCGAUUUUGCAACGUAAAAUGCCGGCAAGAUUGUCAGCCGACGAAGAACAAACGGUACGAUCUCCAGCUCGAAAAGCCGUCGAAUCGCUGGGCAAGGAUUUCAUGCGCCCUCUUCUCAUGCCUGCGACACGGCCGAUCAUUCAACUACUCGCGGUAUACGUCACCGUUCUCUACGGCGUGAUGUACUUGGUUCUCUCCACAUUACCUACGCUUUGGACCACACAGUCCCUCCAAAGUGUGAUGCUUGGCGGCCUCGACUUCAUUGCCUUUGACCUAGGAUACGUCUUCUGCACUCAAAUAUACGCUUACUCCAUCGAUCGUAUGUACAAGCGUCUAAAGGAGCGCAACGAUGGGGUUGGUCUGCCAGAGCAUAGGCUUCCCUUGGCGAUGUUCAGCUUUCCUCUCGUCGCCAUCGGGCUUCUAGUUUAUGGUUGGGCGGCCCAUUUCACUAUCACUUGGGUCGUUCCCGACCUUGGAGCCAUGAUCUUCUCGCUGGGCGCUAUUACUGGCACGCAAUGA